ACAAUUAAAAUGUUUUAUUGUAUUUGUAAACUAUUAAUAUUUUAUCAUUUUUGUUUUAAUAUUUUAACUAUUCAGGCUGUUACCGAAGAUGAUAAACAGUGGAAUUUUCUGACUGAUCCCGCUAAAAUAAUGAUGUUAAACAGUAUUGUUGAUAAACUAACGAAAGCUGGAUUCUGCGGUGAAAAAUCUGACAAAUCUUUUGAUUAUAGAGGAAGUGAUGAAACUGCAAUUGAAUACCAAAAUUUUUUAAAAAAAACGAAUUUUAGAUCAUCCAAUUACAUGAAGAUGUAUGCCAUACAAAAAAUUGAUUUUCCUACUAUAAAUUGGAACUCCUAAAUAUAAGAUUAUAAAAGAAAAAACAUUCAAAAAGCCAAUUUAAACAAUAUAAUUAA